CUUACCAUUUUUCUGUCUUCUCUUCAUCACAAAAACCUCCUUGCAUGCUACCUCUACACAUUCUCACUUCAUUUUCUUUGUUUUUGCUUUUUUCAACUUCAACACCAUUCUACUAUGCUCCAUCGUUUCAAUUCCCAUUGCCAAGUGACAAGGGCUGAUGGAGACAGAUAAAUAAAUCUAUUUAAAGCACUCCCACUUUAUACAGAUAUAACACACCCCUUUCAUUGUUUUAGCAUAUAUUCUCUUUCAUUACUUCUAAUCUUGUAUGUAUAUAAGCUCAUAAAGCUAUGGUACCCAGUAGCUUCAUUCUGUGCUAUUUAUAACCUUUUUCUACCAUCACCCUUGUGACCACUCAAAAGGGAGAGACCAAAAACCCUAGCCUUUUUGCUCUCAUUGCCUCUACCAGAAUGUGGAUGGUUGGUGACAACGAAGGUGGUGAGUUCAGUAUGGUUGAUCAUUCUUUCAAUGGAAGGAAACUCAGGCCCCUCAUGCCAAGGCCAAUGAUUUCUUCUAACACUGCACCACCAACAACCACUCUUAGCUUAACUCACCACCAUGGCAAUGAUUUCCCUUCACAAUAUGAUUAUCACCAUCUUGCCUCAGUGGCAGAACAAAACAAGAGAGAGCAGUUCAAUGGUGCAGCACCUGUUGUGGUGAGCUCAAGGUGGAAUCCAACCCGAGAGCAACUGAGAGCCCUUGAAGAGUUGUAUAGAAGAGGAACAAGGACACCGUCUGCUGAGCAAAUCCAACAUAUCACUUCACAGCUUAGAAGGUUUGGUAACAUCGAAGGCAAGAAUGUGUUCUAUUGGUUUCAGAAUCACAAAGCCAGGGAAAGGCAAAAACGUCGCCGCCAAAUGGAAUCAGAGGCUGAAACUCCUGAGAAGAAAGAGUCAGCUGCAAGUAGGGCAGUUUUUGAAGUUAAACAGACCAAGAAUUGGACACCCUCAACAAACUGCAGUACUGUUGCAGAGGAAUCUGUUUCAACACAGAGGACUGCAAAAGCAGUGGCCGUAGAGAGUAGAACAGUUGGAUGGUUCCAAUUCGAGGAAGGGGAAUUACAAGAAAGAAGAAACCUUUUGGAGAGGAAUGCCACGUGGCAUGUGAUGCAGUUACCUUGUCCUUCUCCUGCUGCAGCUGUCACAGACCUCAUAAACAGCCCUCCUAACACCUCUUCAGCUAUUAGUAUGGCUACUACAACAACUACAGUAACAACAACAAAAAUGGACCCUAACCUCAUAAAGACACAUGAUCUCAGCUUUUUCAUUUCACCCCAGAGGGAAAACAGUGUUAUAUACUUAAGCAGUAGCAGUAGUACUAGCGAAGAUGAUAACUGUGUGGAGUCUCAAACCCUUCAGUUUUUCCCAUUAAGGAGUGGUGGUGAUGUUAGCAGUGACAACAUGAGGGAUAAAGAGACAGAGAUAUCAGCUUCAGCAAUGAAUUGCAAUAACUUGACCCCAAGCCAGUUUUUUGAGUUCCUUCCUAUGAAGGAGUAAUAUCAGAGACACAUAUGCUAUGUUUGUAAAAUGAUGGGAAUGUGUUUUGAUGUUGUUGUUUUGUUGAAAAAUGGCACUGCUUUUAUUGUUAGUUGUUAGAUGAUGUUAUGUUUCAAGGAAUUGGUGCUGUAAUAUGACACUGACUUUGAAUGAGGGUAAUGUAUUUUACCUUAAACUGCAUUUGGACUAUGUUGGUUG